AUCUAAUUCGAGUACAAACUUUACAAUAAAGCAUUACAAUAGUAUGAUUAGUCCAUUAAUUUAAUCCAACCUUUUUAGGGGUAUACGUACCCAAAGAAGUUAGCUUUAUUUUCCACAACAAAAUCACACAGGGUUCUGUUCUUACAAGUCUGUCUGCAACUACAAAGCUUUUUUCACAAUUUCAAUUUCAGGUUCUUAGCUGCAUUACUUGGGUUUUUAGUAAGAAUGUCAAGUACUGAGGGAAAGGUCAUAUGCUGCAGAGCUGCUGUGGCAUGGGAAGCAGGGAAGCCAUUAGUGAUUGAAGAAGUAGAGGUAGCACCUCCUCAGGCUAAUGAAGUUCGUGUCAAGAUUCUUUAUACCUCCUUGUGCCAUACUGACGUCUACUUCUGGGAAGCCAAGGGACAAAACCCUUUAUUUCCAAGGAUCUAUGGCCAUGAAGCAGGAGGGAUUGUGGAGAGUGUUGGUGAAGGGGUGACUGAUCUCAAAGCGGGUGAUCAUGUGCUCCCGGUGUUCACUGGGGAAUGUAAGGAGUGUGAUCACUGCAAAUCAGAAGAGAGUAACAUGUGUGACCUGCUCAGGAUAAACACAGACAGAGGAGUGAUGCUUAGUGAUGGAGAAUCAAGGUUUUCGAUUAAGGGAAAACCUAUAUACCACUUUGUUGGGACUUCAACUUUUAGUGAGUACACCGUGACUCAUGUUGGCUGCCUUGCCAAGAUCAACCCCAAAGCUCCUCUAGACAAAGUUUGUGUCCUCAGCUGUGGAAUCUCAACUGGUUUGGGAGCUACUCUUAAUGUUGCAAAACCAAAAAAGGGCUCAACAGUGGCUGUGUUUGGAUUGGGAGCUGUAGGCCUUGCAGCUGCUGAAGGAGCCCGGAUGGCUGGGGCGUCAAGAAUUAUUGGUGUUGAUUUGACUUCCAACAGAUUUGAAGAAGCUAAGAAGUUUGGUAUCACCGAAUUUGUGAACCCCAAAGACCACAAGAAACCAGUUCAAGAGGUGAUUGCUGAGCUGACCAAUGGAGGAGUUGAUCGAAGCAUUGAAUGCACUGGAAAUAUUCAAUCCAUUAUAUCUGCAUUUGAAUCUGUCCAUGAUGGUUGGGGUGUUGCUGUUCUUGUGGGAUUGCCACCCAAAGAUGCUGUUUUCACGACUCAUCCAAUGAACUUUCUGAAUGAGAGGACUCUCAAGGGAACCUUCUUCGGAAACUACAAGCCACGAACUGACAUUCCCUCUGUUGUGGAGAAGUACAUGAACAAGGAACUGGAGCUGGACAAAUUCAUCACCCAUCAACUCCCAUUCUCACAAAUCAACAAGGCGUUUGACUACAUGCUUAAAGGGGAAGGUAUUCGUUGCAUAAUUACCAUGGAGGAGUGAAACUUUUUUACUUUCGAUGUUGUAUGUGACCGUACAUUCUUACUUUCCAUUUUGUCUUCUAUUUUCUCUACUUUGUCGAGUUUGGUUUACAUGUAAUGCAACAAAUGUACGUCCAAAUGCAUCUGUUGGAUAGCUUCUGUUAUCCUGUGAACAAGUGAAAUAUCAGAUACAUAUUCAGUCAAAAUACUAGCCCUUCUAUACUGUGUCCUCCAAUACUACUAUCACUGCAUUACUUCCAAACCUAUCUUGUGUGCAAAUAUUAGCAGGCAGAUAGAAGUAAAACCAGAUAACCAGUCAGCCAGAACAGUUGUUCAAGUGAUGGCUGGAAAUAAUACGUGAAGUUGUCAGAAUUAUUUGUAAUAAGAUAUUGGCUACAAUUGAAAAGGCUUUAUCAAUAAAAUUUCCAUUUAUCCCA